AUGAUGAAAUCCGGGGAGGAAGUUAGUCAGGGUCAGCAAAUGAACGGUUUUGUGGAGGAGAAAGCUGCUGGGGAAUCUGGGUAUGGUCGGAAGAUCGAGAGGAGCCCUUCUAUCAAUCUGAAUUCCUUGCCUGCAAUAGCCCCUGCCACGGCGGAGAUUGGUGUCUUGCACGGCGCAGUGGAGUCAGAGGCCAACGAUGCAAGCACUCACAAGGGAGACGAGUCCAGUGGCACUGAUCAGAAGAAGGUCCCGAAGAAUGAGGAAGUUGAUGAAGCUGAAGUUCAGGCCUGUGCAGAUGUGAAGAGCCACUCGGUUGACCCUUUGAACAGCGAGAACCAUGCCGGGGAGAAGGAUGCUUUGGUAACUGUGCCAGAAAAUGAGGGGUGUGCUGAUGGUGGCGAUAAUCACAAGGGAGUUCAUGUUCUCAGCAUUGUCAAAAAGGAUGAGUCUGAGGAAAUUGUUGAUUCUAUUAAUCCUGUAACCGUUGCGGGGUAUAGAGAGGAGAAGGGCACCGCCGGUUCUACUUCUGCAAUUACUGCGGUGCGAGCACCUGGCUCCCGCUCAUCUUGUUUCCAUGGUGUGACCAGGCACAGGUGGAGUGGGAAAUAUGAAGCUCAUUUGUGGGACAGUACUUGCAGAGUAGAAGGACGGAGAAGGAAAGGAAAGCAAGGAAAAAAAGCGCCAGGAAGUUAUGAUACUGAGCAAAAAGCUGCCAGGGCAUAUGAUGUUGCAGCUCUUAAAUUCUUUGGACUAAAUACAAAGCUGAACUUUUCGAUUUCGGAAUAUGAGAAGGAGCUGGCGGACAUACAGGACAUGUCUCCAGAGGAAUGUGUGACAUACUUGAGAAGGAGGAGUAGCUGCUUCUCAAGAGGGGCGUCUAUUUACAGAGGAGUUACAAGGAGGCAGAAAGAUGGUCGAUGGCAGGCACGCAUAGGACUGAUUGCUGGAACUAGAGACAUUUACCUUGGAACUUUCAAAACUGAGGAAGAAGCCGCAGAAGCUUAUGAUAUUGCUGCCAUCGAGAUACGAGGCAAAAACGCGGUGACCAACUUUGACAGAAGCAACUACAUGGACAGGGGCAUGCAUUGUAUAGAAGGCGCAGGGUUGAAGCUGCUUGCAACCAAGCCAGAAUAG